AACAAUAGAUCAUGAGGGAUUCUAAUCUGAUAACAAAUGAAGACAUUUUAUCGCGUAUGAAACUGGCGUCUGAUUAUUUAUGAACGCGUGUGUACACACGUUGAGUAACGCUUAUCGUAACUGGAGUGAAUGGUUCGCGUGGCGGUAGCGUAAUCGUAAUCGGAGUCAUCUGGAUGAUCCGGAGUAUCCAGCACGUAUUGAUCGCUCUGCGCCGCGCCACGCCGCCGUGCCAAAGAUGUGGGAGCAGCUGUGUGUUUUGCUGACAGUAACGUCGAGUCGAUCGUACAGAAAACACGUGUUGUUUUUCUCUAACGGCCGAGACCGUUUUUAACUCGCUGCCAGUGUACAAUUUUCAUCGGAUAUUUCGUUCAACGUUCGUGCGACGCGGUUCACUUGCGUGCUGCUCAAUGAAUUAGGAACAAUGGUUCGCUCCUAUUGUGCGAGCAUCUGCUCCAGAGUUCAUAGAAAUGGAGUACUAUAAAUAGUUUGGAAUUGAUGAGUCGACGAAAACAAGUCGUCAGAUUAUUAAUAUCACAGCGGUUGUCGCCAAGUGGUCGCCUAAACAAUCGUGCUAAAAAUAAAUAAUAAAAUUUAUCGGCUGACACGGGACGCACAUGCGUGAAAUAAAAAGCAUGUGUCGAUCAGUUCUGGUUAUCUGAAAAAAAUUUCAGUGAGUGUCCCAUUGACUCCACUUGUACGAAAUCGUGCGAGGAAACGAUGGACAACGCGUGGGACUGGUUGUGUAACGAAUUAACUGGUUAGAUGAACUCGGAAAGGAUUCACGCGUGUGGAGUUCUGGACGUGAUACGUAUUUAGCGUCGAGAAGAAUAUGUCUGGUGCACGCAGACAGCGACGCGUACACUUUAUGUUUGCGUCGGUUAAUCGGUUCAAUUGAAUAACGUAUUAAUACCUCGGUGGGGUUGAAAUGUCCACGCCGGACACGAUGGACACCAUCGACGAGGCGGAGCAGGCGUGGCACGAGAUGCUGGAGUGCGAGACGGGGUCGCUAUUAGGCCGAGUAGCGGACCUCGAGAGGCAGUCUCUGGCCCAAAGGGACGAGAUAGUUUGUCUCCGAGCCACCCUUGCGGAUGCACUGCGCAGGAUCGCGUUGCUCGAAGGCCGUGAGAAAAGGGAGGACGAGAGGACGGAAAGGAGAAACGAGAGGACGACAGUCUCCUCGCCGUUGAGAAACGGACACGUUACGCUUAGAGGUAAUCAAAAUUCGGUGGCUCAGAAGGACAUACGAUUACGUCAAACAGGUAGUUCCUCCCUGAGGAAUUGUUCGACCUCGGGAUCGUCUCAGGACGUGCGGGACUCGAUCUCUAGUCCACGGAGACCGGUCAGUUACACUACGCAUUCCACGGUUACGCAGCUCCCUCAAAGAAGGUCCGUCCAUUAUCAGUCGACCGGUUCCCUGCACUCGGACAGUCCCAGUAGUAGCAGCAUAUCACCGGUGCCAUCGCCCAGUCCCCGAGCCACGCCACUGCCAGUAGCCAGAUCGCCGACGGCGAGAUCGAACGGGCCGCCCCAGAGCAGCUUGAGAAGGGCGAAACGGUGGUCAUCCACCGGGGAUUUUACCCACUCUCCUCAAAAUCAGGGGAACAAUUCGCAGCUCGUCAGCAGCAGAUUGUCAGCCUCAACCAAGUCUCUGUUCAACCUCUUCAAGCCACCAACGAUGACCAACGUGAAGCACGGUACUAGAGACAUGCAGUACAACGAAGACGACGGCACCGUGCGUAUGUACCUGCGAGGACGACCCGUCGUUCUCUACGUCCCGACGUCCUACGCGGAGACGUACGACCUGCAUAAAGUCAGCACGCCGCCACAAAAUAAAUUGAAACUGGACUGGGUGUACGGGUACCGAGGCAGGGAUUGCCGCAGCAAUCUUCAUCUACUGCCGACCGGUGAAAUCGUCUACUUCGUCGCUGCGGUCGUCGUUUUGCAUAAUAUGGAAGAGCACAGCCAAAGGCACUAUUUGGGCCACACGGAUGACAUCAAAUGCAUAGCGAUUCAUCCGAAUAAAAUGGUCGUUGCCACUGGCCAAGUCUGUGGAACCGAUAGGCGCGAUGCAAUGCCGCAUAUUAGGAUAUGGAACUCGGUGAGCUUGGCGACGGUCUGCGUGAUCGGCAACGGCGAAUUCGACGGUUCGAUUUGCUGUUUGUCGUUCUCGAAAGCGGACGGCGGUAAUUACCUGUGCGCAAUCGACGAGACUUCCGAUCACAAUAUUUCAAUUUGGGACUGGCAAAAGAGCGAACGCGGCACCAAAGUCACGGAAACUAAGUGUAGCGUGGACACGGUGGUGUGCGCUGAAUGGCAUCCCCUGGAGAGGAACCAGAUCGUGUCCUGCGGAAAGGGACACGUAUCCUUCUGGUCUCUAGAUAACGGCGGUAUGCUUUAUAAACGCAUGGGAGUUUUUGAGAGUAGAGAGAAGCCGAGGUACGUGACUUGCGUGGCGUUCAACCAAAACGGUGACGUCCUCACCGGGGAUAGUAACGGGAACAUAAUCGUUUGGGGCAGGGGGACGAAUACGAUUUCGAAAAUCGUGAGGAACAUUCACGAGGGGUCGAUAUUCUCGAUUUGCGUUCUGAAGGACAGUUUCAUCGUCACUGGUGGCGGUAAAGAUGGUAGAAUAUUAUAUUUCGACGAGUCCCUAAACCUGACUGGAGAACAAGCACAGAUUGAAGAUCAUUUCGGUGGUAUCCGAACGCUUGCGGAGGGCAGAGGCACGCAACUGCUGAUCGGCACGACGAGGAAUUGCAUCCUGGUUGGUGACGUCCGAACGGGUAUAGGAUUCCACCCAGCGAUGCUCGGACACGCCGAAGAAGUAUGGGGACUCGCGAUGCAUCCGACCUUGUCACAGUUCGCCACGGCUGGCCAUGACAGACUGUUGCAAAUGUGGGACAGCCUGAGCCACACUGUCGUAUGGAGCAAGGAUAUCGGGGAACAAGCGCAGAGCAUUGGGUUCUCGCCGGACGGUAAUGUGAUGGUGGUUGGAUGCACUUCUGGUAAAUGGUUGGCGAUCGACAGUGAAACCAGGGAACUGUACACUCAUCACACUGACGGAUCAGAGCCUAUUCAGGUUGUUCGAUUUUCACCUAACGGUACGCUGUUGGCCUUGGGCUCCAGGGACAAUUAUAUCUACGUUUAUCAGGUGAACGAAGAUGCCACCAAGUACAGUAGAGUCGGAAGGUGCAUGCCAAAACGGAUCCGCAGGCGUAGAGGACAUUCCAGCUUUAUAACGCAUUUGGACUGGUCGGUGGACGGUCAAUACCUGCGUAGCAACAGUGGAGAUUAUGAAUUAUUAUACUGGAACGCUGGAGUCUGUCGUCAAAUCCCGCAGUCGUCGAUGAUGAGGGACGUCGAAUGGGCCAGCCAUACAUGCGUGAUAUCGUUCGAAACGAUUGGGAUAUGGCCCGAGGGCGCGGAUGGCACGGAUGUGAACAAUUGCUCGCGUAGCAGCGAUUCGAAACUGCUUGCAACCGGCGACGAUUUCGGAAAGGUCAAGCUAUUUACGUAUCCCGCCUGUCAACCCAAGUCGCUGUGUCAUACGUACGGUGGCCAUUCGAGCCACGUGAUGAACGUCUCGUUCCUUCAGGACGACACCAGGUUAAUCUCGAUCGGCGGCAGCGAUACCAGUGUCCUCCAAUGGAUCGUCAAUUACUAAUUAUUAAAUGUAAUUAAUAACUCGGUACGUGACCAAUUCUUCGCGGGGAGGAACGAGGUUCGUGCAUAUGAAAUAUUAUACAUCAGCUUCUUAAAUGCAUAGAACGAUUUUCAUAAGAUAAAAA